UUGGAGGAACCGGCGGCUCCAGCCGGCAGAGGCGAGCGGCGGCGGCGGCGGCGACGACGGUGGCUUCCCUUUUCUCUCCCAGCAGAGCCCAGGAGCGACUCGCGGACUGGCCCUAAAAAGAGAAGGAAACCUUGUUUACCGCCCGCGGAGAGAAGCCGAGCGAGCCUUUGUCUGGAAGUCAGCAUCUCCGGCUUUGGCUCUAACGUGUUCCUGGUGACAUUAGCAUUGGGCGAACUGGCCGGAGGGGGGUCGCCAGGUUCCUUUCUUGUUUUGGAGGCGGAUCAAGUGGGUGACUUUUGUGCAUUUGUUUUCAUUUUUGGAAAUCUCGGGUUUUUUUUUCCCUCCUUCGCCCACCGCCGGGCAUGUCCUGAUCUUCCAGCCGCCCCUACCGCCGCGGGUUGCAGGUCGGAGUCGUUUCCAGUGGGUCUCCCUCCCUCCCCGACUUUGCAACACCGCGUUCCGGGAGGACCGACCUCGGCAAGGCAGGAGGCGGGGGAGCGGCGAACACCCAGACCCAAACCUUGACAUGCUCUAGGGCGGAGAGGAGGUAGCCAGGAGCUGAGAGCGCUGCUGGGGUGUUCCACGGGCCGGCUUUGAGCGCCCUGCCUGCGCCUGGGCGGCAGCCUUGUUGAUCUGGGGGCCCGCUCCCCGCUUCCCGCGCUGGGGUUCAGCAGCCGGCUGGACCAUGCUGCUGAAGGAGUACCGGAUUUGCAUGCCACUCACUGUAGACGAGUAUAAAAUCGGACAGCUGUACAUGAUCAGCAAGCACAGCCACGAACAGAGUGACCGAGGAGAAGGGGUGGAGGUCGUCCAGAAUGAGCCCUUCCAUGACCCUCACCAUGGCAAUGGGCAGUUCACCGAGAAGCGGGUGUAUCUCAACAGCAAACUGCCUAGUUGGGCUAGAGCUGUUGUCCCCAAAAUAUUUUAUGUUACUGAGAAGGCUUGGAACUAUUAUCCCUACACAAUUACAGAAUACACAUGUUCCUUUCUGCCGAAAUUCUCCAUUCACAUAGAAACCAAGUAUGAGGACAACAAAGGAAGCAACAACAGCAUUUUCGACAGUGAAGCCAAAGACCAAGAGAGAGAAGUUUGCUUUAUUGAUAUUGCCUGCGAUGAAAUUCCAGAACGCUACUAUAAGGAGUCUGAGGAUCCUAAACACUUCAAGUCAGAGAAGACAGGACGGGGACAAUUAAGGGAAGGCUGGAGGGACAGUCAUCAGCCCAUCAUGUGCUCCUACAAGCUGGUGACAGUGAAGUUCGAGGUCUGGGGGCUUCAGACCAGAGUGGAACAAUUUGUACACAAGGUGGUCCGAGACAUUCUGCUGAUUGGGCAUAGACAGGCUUUUGCAUGGGUUGAUGAGUGGUAUGAUAUGUCAAUGGAUGAUGUUCGAGAAUACGAGAAAAACAUGCAUGAACAAACCAACAUAAAAGUUUGCAAUCAGCAUUCCUCCACUGUGGAUGACAUAGAGAGCCAGGCCAAAACAAGUACAUGACAAUGGAUGAAGUCCGAGAAUUUGAACGAGCCACUCAGGAAGCCACCAACCAGAAAAUUGGCGUUUUUCCACCUGCGAUUUCUAUCUCCAGCAUCCCCUUGCUGCCUUCUUCUGUCCGCAGUGCCCCUUCCAGUGCUCCGUCCACACCUCUCUCCACAGAUGCGCCUGAAUUUCUGUCAGUCCCCAGAGAUCGGCCCCGGAAGAAGUCCGCCCCAGAAACUCUCACGCUUCCAGACCCUGAGAAGAAAGCCACCCUGAAUUUACCUGGCAUGCACUCUUCAGAUAAGCCAUGUCGGCCCAAGUCAGAGUAACUUCUAAUACGGAUAUUUCAUGGGGUUUUAUAUUUUCAUUUUGGGUUGUUUUGUUUUAAGAAUUUCUGAUAUAGAGAAAGACUGCUUUGUCACUCAAACAUGUUCCUUCGAUCUCUGGGUGUGCAUGUGGUUAAGUAAUUUCACAUAUAACAUGAAUGCCUAAGUCCGUCACACAGCAUCACAGUAGAUGUAAGACUUGCCAAGGACAGACGGAAUCUUCCAUAGCAACAGCUGUAAGCCAGGCAGGAAGUCUUGCUGUUGGGCGUUUGGACUUCAAGGGUAAACAAAUGAAAACUUCGCACCACUUUGUGACAAAGUUGUGGUAAAAUAGUGGAAGUCAGUUUUCUCCCAUCAAACCUGAAAUCUCAAAAACACUCUCAGGCAUAACAUACCUAAUUGUUAAAUUUUGAACUACUGGUCACCAAUACUUGAAUACCAAUAGUUACUGAGAUUCCUAUUUUGGUUAGUCUGACUCAGGAUUUGGGGCCUAAUUAACUCUUUAAACUUUUGAAAAUUUUAAUUCUCAACCUAUAGAGGCUCCAAGUGCAAUUAAUGAUAACUGAUUUAUACCUUUCACAGAAUUUAAUAAAAAUUCCACCUGUUUCUAUCUUUUAAUAACUGUCCCCUCUGUCCUCUCAUGGCCUCAGAAACUUUUUAAGAAUUGCAUGGAUGAAUGUGACCAUAACUGACUUGAGUUUGGUACGACUUAUUUUAGGAAUCACAAGGCCCAGGUGAGGUAAACAUCUCUUUUCUCUACAGGUACCAACAAACCUUGACUUGUCAGUUUCCAUUGUCCGUUAAUAUUCUCAGAAUUUGCAAUUAAUUGAGUAGAAUUCAUUGGCUACUUACCCAUUCAAAGAAGUUCAAGUACAGAGGAAGCUAACUGGGCUUGAACACUGUCAGGAGGUCUGGUGCAUAAACCCUAAAAGAGAACUGUCUCCCAUCCACCUCGUUUUAGUAACAUCCAAACUUCCCUGGAACAGAUAGGCCAUCACCGGACCUUAGAAAAGACUGUUAUUCUCUUGCUUCUUACUUGAAAUCCAAAUAUUGGGAAUGUCACAGGAGUCAAGUAAAUGCCGUCAAACAGGAGGGGAGAAUGAGUAGAAUCUCUGGCUCCUGUUUGCAGAGUAAAAAGGAGGCAUGAUAACAGAUGCCACUGUAUCUAGUUUUUUCCGGCAAGUAGUGGUAAUGCGGGAUUAGAGUCAAAGUUGACAGGAGGCAAGAUCAUUCACCAAAGUGGCAGAGAGAGAAUUCUCCUUCAGUCUAAAGAGAAAAAUCUGCCACCUUCACACCUCACUGCCUUUAAACGCAGAAGGAAGGGCAAGCAGAAUCUCGGCAUUUCCUUUUAUCCUCCAGGAAAGGAAGAGAACAAGGUCAUUGGGCAACUCAAGGCCUGUGCCCCAGCUAGCCUUCCUGACCGUAAUGUCCAACCUCAGGAAAGGGACCUUCCCAAAACACAGAUCCCAAAGGAAACAAAAUAGGCCAAGGAGCUUCUCCUCUCAGCCAGUGGCGCCUGCCUGUUUCCCUCAGUGCCCAGCACUAUGACCUGUAGCGUCGUUCAGGUUGAUACACUCUACCAAGGUGCAGACGCUGGCCCCGUGAGCCCAGCACCAAAGUGUUCCAAGUCAUAGGUCAGACUGUCAAGAUCAUUUCUUUAUCUGUAGGUUGACAUUUAGCUUUAAAAAAAAAGAGAAUAAACCCAGAACUCAAGAGGAAACCAGUUACAGAUAGCUUAGAGCAACAAUUCAUCUCUUCCUAAGAAUGAUAGCAUCUAGUAAGACACCUUCUUUGCAUGGUCUGGCAGCAUGAUUUUUGCCUGUGGGAAAACAGAAUCUCUUAUCAAACACCUUUGACUUCUAAAUGGCUCCCUCUCCACACAGUAGUACUAAAUGGGAGUAUGUGGUUUAGACAGGUAGUUUUAGAAGGCAAAAUUCUACUUUCAGAAGACACUUAGAUAGUGUAUGUAUUUGCUUACCAUUUGCCAGCUGAAGUCGGUGGGGGUGGGAUCAUUAUUUUCACAUAGAACCAAUUUAUUUUAUGUAGUUUGUUAACACAUCUGGCACCGAGGUUUUCCGUUAAAGCCAUUACUAUUUUCCCUUUUUUAUAAAGUAGCUUCUGCUCUCAAGGUGCACAGUUCUGUGUGCUUUUAGAAAGCUAAUCUGUGAUUUCCUUUUGUGAGUUGAAUUUCUUUUAUAGCCAGUGUAAUGCCACAGACAUCAAUUGCAAAGCUCUCCCCGUGAUAGUGUGGUUCUUUGCCAACAAACGUGUGCUCCUAAAGUAUGUUCCGUUUUUUGUCUACAUGUGGUUUGUGUGCAUUAACAGAAGGGGAAGGGGAUGCAAAUAUUCCUUUAUUUGCUUUGAAUAUUUAACCCAGUCAUUAUAAGGCAUAUAAAGGACGUUAAUAUUUUAUAUACCUUGAUUUUCAAGUGUCAUUUCACAUUCUCCAUACCUGAGUUUGUUAUUGUGGGAUACAAGCCUGCGAUGAACAUGCAUAUAAACAUUAGUAAUUCUCAUAAGGGUGGAAAUUAAGUGGCUGCAUGAUGGAAAUUUAGAAGAAAAAAAAAGCAGAAACUUGAAUUCACUAAGCAUGUGUGGGGGGAAAUAGAAUCCUUAACUCAGUGCCUCUGUCUGCCAUGUGGAAACCUUCAACUUUGUUCACCAAAAUUGUAUUAUACCUGUAUAUAUAUAUAUAAAUAUAGUAUAGUGAAUCAGACACCAUCCAUUUUCAGUCUCUGAUAGCUAAAGUAAAGUAAAUAGUCUAUAGAAUAACAUGUCUUCAUCACAUCUUCAUCUCUGAUGCCAGCGGAGACCAUCAAAUGACCGUAAAUUUCAUCACUUUGGGUGGAUUUCAAAUACAAAAUGCCUCUGUGCUUCCCAUUGGCUCUCAGUGGUUUGGCUGUGCUUUUCUGGGACGAGAAGACCUCGUUUCUACUACAUAAGCUUUGUCAGAAAUCAGCUCUGAGGACCAUUUCGUUUUCCUUCUUUUGGGCUGUCAUAAGACCAAGCAAAGGAAAAGCAUGACAACAAAGGAGGCUGUGAUGCUUUCCAGUUACCACAGUUAUAACUGAGACAAUAGCGGGUUCAUUGGUGAACUGAUUUAUAAACUCUUCUGUUACAGUUGUGCAUCUGUGUGGGGGGGGAAUGGUUUUAAUUUAUUUGGAGCUAUUUAUUAGCCGUUGUUUUUGGCUGUGAAAAUAAAUCUCUAAAUAGCACAGUUGUGGAUGUAUAAUGCAGACACUUAACAAACAAAACAAUACUCCCCCAAAAAAGUAAUUAUGUGGUUUUCUUUCAAGACAUUGUAAUAAACAGGACCUAAGAGAGUAUAUUCUGACACUUGAGAUACCAUUUCUCUGUGACCGUUUAGGGCUAAUGUAUUUAUAUGCAUUUUUGAAUUCUACUUUCGUUAGCAUCUCCUCAUGGCUCAGAGACAACAAGGAAAUAAGUUACUGGCUAGCUAAGUCAAUAGGAAUUUGGUUUAGAGAUGGGCCAGAGUAUAAUUUACUCUGCUUGUAAUGUAUAAUAAGAUAAUCCAAUAGAAAGGAAUUGUCUCAAUAGUUCUGAUUCUUUCCUGGUCAUUUGACUCAGUAGGCUAGGUGACAAUCUGCCAUCUGAGACAUAGUUCUUGAAAUUUAAAAAAAAAAAAA